UAUGAUAAACAUCUUUUUAACAUCGACAUGGUUUCUAAAAUUAAAGAAGCUGUACCUCUGCUGGCCAGCACUGUAAGCAACCGACGACGUCACCAAAAACAGCUACCCAGUUGUUUUGGGAGAAGAAGAAAAGGGUUACAAGCGGAAGAAACACCGGAUUUGGUUUCGGAUAGUAUUCGGUCUAUGGUCCUGCCUUAGUUUUUAAAAUACAUUUUGGACAAUGUCAACCCCGGCAAGGAGACGGCUUAUGAGGGAUUUUAAAAGACUUCAAGAAGAUCCUCCCACUGGUGUGAGCGGAGCACCAUCAGAGAACAAUAUCAUGCUUUGGAACGCCGUUAUUUUUGGGCCUGUGGGAACACCGUUUGAAGACGGAACAUUUAAGCUGCUGAUAGAGUUUUCAGAGGAGUACCCAAACAAACCUCCCACAGUUCGGUUUGUCUCCAGAAUGUUUCACCCAAAUGUUUAUGCAGAUGGCAGUAUUUGUUUAGACAUCCUUCAGAACCGCUGGAGCCCCACAUACGAUGUGUCGUCCAUACUCACCUCCAUCCAGUCGUUGCUGGAUGAGCCCAACCCCAAUAGCCCGGCUAACAGUCAGGCCGCACAGCUCUAUCAGGAAAACAAGAGGGAGUACGAGAAGAGGGUGACGGCCAUCGUGGAGCAGAGCUGGGUGGACGUCUGAGCUUCCCUCAUCUUCACCAACCUCUCUCCAUCAUCUUUUAGUCUUUCAUUUUUACCUCAUCAAGAAAAAACAGCAACCACAUUGGAAGUACUCAAGUGCCACCCUGCAAAAAGGAAUUAAAAAAACAAAAACAUCAAGAGAACAACCAAAUCAGAAUGGCCAUUAACUUGCUUUUCAAUACAUUUAAGGAUAAAUAGGGAGGGGAAAUCUAUCUUAUAUUUGUGUUUUUGUCCUUAAUUUUACUUCUUUUUUUUUAUUGCAUGAUGUGAAAUAAGUUAUUGCUAACAUAAUUUGUAAUAUAUAUUCAUUGUUUGGUUGGAUUGAGGCUGUUAAUGUUUAAGUUUUUUUUUUUCCUCUUUUUUUUGUGAUGUCUGCUGGUGUGCACACAACUUGACUGUUUUGGAAAGGGCAGGUUGAUGACCAAAUACGCAUAUUUUGAAGAAUAACAACCCAGAAAAGGCCUUUCAGAGUCACUAUCAUUGUUAUUCUCCAAAGUCAGCCACAGAUGCAGCUUAUAAAGAGCUAUCUCUGAUCUCUUCCAGCAUAUCUGUUAUUUUAAGAGACACUGUAGGUUUGGGCUAACAGACGUCACAGGCUGCAACAGCGCCAAGUCUCCCUUGCCCUGAUGAAUCAUGACUCCCUGGCGAAGCAGCUCUGAGCUUUUAUUCCAUCGUUUCUGCUCCAAGGUAGAAGAGUAUGUUGGAGAGGGAGUGCUAUGGGAAAGUAAAUAUUAACACCAGGAUGGGACAGGAUAAACGUGGACUGUGGAUCCCAAAGUGGAGAACAGGCUUAGUAGAAGAGGUCGUAGGAAUUCCGACUGAGCCAAGGAAAUACUGUAUUCACUACAAUCAUUUAAUAUUUCUUAAGUCAGCUAAGUGAGUCCAUAUUCCCACGGCUGUCCUUUGUCCCCAUGUCUUUCUUUAUGAAAUGUUAUCAAAAUGUAUGUAGAGCAUCGGGGCCCCUGAGCUCAGGAGUUCAACAGUACUUUUAAGAUUUUCUCGAAUGGUGGUGCUAUAUCAUUUCUAUUGUGGUGCAUUCGUGGCUAACAGGGCUUAAACAACAGCGGUAGCAAGCUGCGAAGGUGACCGGCAACUGGAAUCAGGGUGAAGUUGGUAAAA